UCCGUAGGGUUUUGAAGCUGGAAAUCCGUCGCUUUACCAGCAAAGAAGAUUUUGGCUCUAAACCAGGUACAAGAUGUUGGCUCCUCGCCAAAUGCUCACUAGAGCCCUACUUCUCCAGCAUUUUAGACAAUCUUCCACUGCUGCAGCUUUAGUUCAAGAUCAUGAAGAAGUCCCACUCACAUAUCUUGAAGGUUUCCCCAAGCCAGACCCCAAGCACGAUGAGAUAAUUUGUGCAUUGCCGCGUGCACUGUCUGGGAAAAACAUCUCUGCUAAGGAGCGCAAGGCUGGACGUGUGCCAAGCAUUGUGUUUGAGCAAGAAGACGGUCAGCAUGGAGGUAACAAACGACUCAUAUCCGUCCAGAACAAUCAGAUCAAGAAGCUUGUAAAUCAUCUUGGUCAAACCUAUUUUCUAUCACGCCUCUUUGAGCUUGAGGUUCGGCCCGAUCUCGAAAGCGAGGAUAUCAUUGAGAAAGUCCGUGUCUUGCCUCGAGCGCUUCAUCUUCAGUCUGAUACAGAUGCUGUGCUUAAUGUUACAUUCGUAAGAGCACCUUCUCAUGCUUUGUUGAAGGUUGAUGUUCCACUCGUGUUUAUUGGAGACGAUGUGUCCCCCGGGUUGAAAAAAGGGUCUUACCUAAACAUCAUCAAGAGAACGGUGAAGUUCAUUUGUCCAGCAGACAUAAUUCCCCCCUUCAUUGAGGUAGAUCUUAGUGAGUUGGAUGUGGGUCAGAAGUUAGUGAUGGGGGAUCUCAAAGUUCAUCCCGCUCUGAAGCUUGCUCGGUCCAAGGACGAACCUGUUUGCAAGAUUGCAGGAGCCCGGGUUUCUGAACAGAGAAAGUCUAAAUGAUCUUGACAGAAAUUUUCAGCUAACUGGAUUUUUGCAUCACCACCAUCGUCUCCAUCAUCAUCAAUUUUUCAUGAAUGCAUGAAGCUAACUGUUUCAGAAAUCAUCGCCAUCGUCUUGGUCUCGGGAGCGCUGGAUUUCUGCACUGUUUUGAAGUUCAAAAACGAUGUCUAUAUCAUGAUUAUUUCACUCCGUUUCCGACCUGCAUUCGGGGAAGAACCCUAAUUUAAUCGGCUCAACAACGAAUAAAAGAAGGUAAUACAAUCAAACCUCGUUCAUGAUUCCGCGUGAAUUGGUUUCUUGAUUAUCUUCACCACUGUUUCUGUGACUUCUCCCUCUCAAUUAAUUAAAAUGGAAACAUGAUAGACCAUUUAUUUACAUUAUGCCACCGGUUCAUUUGAUGGCCGUUGAUGAAAAUAUUGGAUGGUGGAGAUCAGUUUCUUAGAAUCA